AUGUGGGCCUGCUAUGGUGACGAGCCUGAAGAUGAAGAUGAUAUUGCCAUUGAACGACCCAAAUAUUGGUCGCACAAAGAUAAAUGCAUAAUUGAAGGUGUACAAACAGCAUUAAAUCCUGUGUCUCCCAGAAGUCUCUGUGGGAAAUAUUACUUUGCCUGGGAGGGCGACCAGCUCAGGGAGCAGCUGAAUCCUCGUGAAUAUGAUGGCUGGCUCAUGCUGACUUAUGAAGAGGACUCCGAGACUGAUGAUCUCAGCAAUAUCCAUGGUGCUGCCUCAUUUGGCAAUAUUACAGGCACCUUCAAGGGACUUGUUGCCUGGCGCUGUUUUAUGAGGGAUGAGAAUAUGAAAGGCGCAGAAAUUCCGAAUUCCUGGGCACUUUUCAGGUUAACACCAUGUGAAGACACCAAACCUGACAAUGAAAAUGUGGAGGAUACUUGGCAUGAGAGCAACCAUGACAUUACUGCCCUCGAGGUUCAGGACGAUAAUGGACAUCCGUUCAUGGAGUUCGUUUAUGAAGUGGGCGAGAUGCAUUGCUCUACCAUGUACUUGGUUUACAUUGGGAAAAGGCAUGUGGAUGGCCAUCCCAAAGGCUUGAGUAGCGCAGAAUGCAGUAGGCUGGGCAUGGAGGAGGAGACUAAAGAAAUGGAGAGGGCAAUGAAUGAGGAGGGAAGUGAUGAGGAAAGUGAUGAGGGAAGUGAUGGGGGGGGGGGGGGGUAA